GUGAGCACGGGCCGUUAAGAGUGCGUGCGUGCGUGGGGCUUACGAAGGCUGUCUGUGCAGAAGCUCCCAGGCCAGGUUGAAGCAUCUUUGUUGGUAGUGGUGAGUGACGCUCACUCUCCGUGUGCUGUCUGCUCGUCUGUGCAGUGUGAGCUCCUCUGUGUGAGAAGGGCCAGGAAGCCUCUGCAGGAUGCUCGAGGUCCUGGUGCUGAAGAUUGAAGAUCCAGGUUGCUUCUGGGUAAUUAUAAAAGGAUGUAGUCAUUUUUUAGAACAAGAAGUUGACUACCAAAAACUAAACAGUGCCAUGAAUGACUUCUAUAACAGCAUGUGUCAAGAUAUAGAAAUAAAACCAUUAAUGCUGGAAGAAGGGCAGGUGUGUGUGGUAUACUGUCAGGAGCUGAAGUGUUGGUGCAGGGCUGUGAUUAAGUCGAUCAUCUCUUCUGCAGAUCAUUACCUGGCAGAGUGUUUUCUUGUGGAUUUUGCCAAGUAUAUUCCAGUAAAAUCUAAAAACAUUCGAGUUGCAGUAGAGUCUUUUAUGCAGCUUCCUUACAGAGCAAAAAAGUUCAGACUUUACUGUACAAAACCUGUGACAUUGCACAUUGACUUCUGUGAAGACAAUGCUGAGAUUGUACCUGCCACAAAAUGGGACAGUGCAGCUAUCCAGUACUUUCAGAACAUUCUAAAAGCAACUACCCAAGUAGAAGCAAAACUGUGUGCUGUGGAAGAAGAUACUUUCGAGGUUUACCUUUAUGCAACAAUAAAAAAUGAAAAAGUUUGUGUUAAUGAUGAUCUAGUUGCAAAGAAUUUUGCUUAUUAUGUGUCACCAAUGGGAAGUAAAAACCUCAAGACUUUGGAGAAACCCAGGCUGCAUCUCAAUUCGGUGCCCUGCUCCAAUAAGCUCAGCCCAUCACUUACUCUGUGGCCAAUGCUUCUGCAAGGAAAAGACUGCCACAGAAUGGAAAACUCACAGAGUUUAGAUUUCCUGGCACAGUCUCUCCAGCAUACAUGGUGUAAGGACGUUGUCAGUGACCUAGGACCAUGUGCUGCAGUACCGGAUAAAGCUGUAAACCAUAAGGAUUCCUUUACAGACUCGCCUAAAAUUAUGUGUGAGAAGCAGCAGCAGAACCUCCCUUUAAAACACAUGGAUAAGUGUAUUGAAUCUUCUGUGUACUGGCCAACAAAAAGAGGCAUAACCAUAUAUGCUGAUCCAGAUAUUCCAGCAGCAAGUGGGUUUAGCCAGAAGCCAAAUGAGAAGUCACUACGGUUGACUGAAAAGAAAGACUGUGAUGAGAAGAAUGGCUGUGUAAAAUUACUGCAGUUUCUAAAUCCUGAUCCUUUGAGAGCUGAUGAGAUUUCUGACCUGCACCAGUUGCAGAAGGUGAAGCUGGGCACACUGCAGCCUGGUGUGGUGCUCCGGAACAGGAUCCAGCCCUGCCUUACCCUGGAUAAAUCACCUCUAUCGGCAGACCUGAAGAAGGCUCUUCAAAGAAACAAGUUCCCAGGACCCAGCCACACUGCAUCUUACUCUUGGCCUCCUAUUGCACGUGGCUGUGAUGUGGUUGUCAUUUCUCACUGUGGAAAUGACCCCUUGUUGUACCUGCCACCGCUGCUUACGAUUUUGCAGAUGGGGGGCUGCUACAAGUCAUUACCAAGUAGAAAUGGACCUCUUGCAGUCAUCGUGUGUCCUGGGUGGAAAAAGGCUCAGUUUAUUUUUGAGUUAUUGGGAGACUAUAGCAUGUCCUCCAGGCCUCUUCAUCCUGUGUUAUUAACAAUUGGACUUCACAAAGAUGAAGCCAAAAAUAUGAAGCUUCCAAGGGGGUGUGAUGUGAUUGUCACUACGCCGCACAGCCUUUUGAGACUUCUCAUGUACCGAAGCUUGUUAUUUCUUAGACUCUGCCACCUGGUUCUGGAUGAAGUGCACGUACUGUUCUUUGAAGCUAAUGAGCAAAUGUUUGCUAUAUUAGAUAACUUUAAAAAAAAUGUUGAAGUGGAGGAGCGGGAGUCUGCACCACACCAGAUUGUAGCCGUGGGUGUUCACUGGAACAGACACAUAGACCAUCUAGUCAGAGAGUUCAUGAAGGAUCCCUGCGUCGUGAUCACCGCCCUUGAGGAGGCUGCCCUCUAUGGCAAUGUUCAGCAGGUAGUGCAUCUGUGCCUGGAAUGCGAGAAAACCUCUACUUUACUCCAAGUUCUUGACUUUGUUCCAAGUCAGGCCCAGAAGACCUUGAUCUUUACCUGCUCUGUAGCAGAGACAGAGAUUGUAAGUAAGGUAGUAGAAAGCAAUUCAAUAUUUUGCUUGAAAAUGCAUAAAGAAAUGACUUUUAAUUUAAAAAGUACUUUGGAACAGUGGAAGAAGAAGUUAAGUGCUGGCUCCCACAUUGUGUUAAAAACAUCCAUUUAUGGGACCUUAUGGAAAUACUUUUCUCCAGCCUUAACAGAUGACUGCAUACCACUCCUGGCCAUCACCGAUGCCACAUGCGUGGUUCACUUCAGCUUUCCUUCCUCACCAAAAGUAUUUGGUGGACGCUUGUAUUGCAUGUCUGAUCAUUUUCAGAGUUUAACUGAACAGAGUUCACCUGCAGAGCAGGGAGAUAAGAAAACGAAAUCUGUCUUGCUGCUGACGGAGAGGAAUGCAAGCCAUGCUGUUGGUGUCCUGCGAUACUUGGAGCGAGCAGAUGCCAAAAUUCCAUCAGAGCUGUAUGAGUUUACCGCAGGGGUCCUGGAAGCCAAAGAAGAUAAGAAGGCCAGAAGACCUCUUUGUCCAUAUCUUAAAGCUUUUGGCUUUUGCAAAGACAAAAGGAUCUGUCCUGACCGGCACCACAUUAAUCCAGAAAUGGACAUCCCAAGGAAAUUAUCCAAUGAAACUCUACCAGUGUUUGGACACAUUAGGGUAAUACCUUUUUACAUUUCAAAUGCAACCAAUUACUUUGGUCGUAUAAUUGAUAAACAUGCGGAUCUUUAUGAAACUCUCAAUGCAGAAAUGAAUGAAUAUUUUAAAGAUCCCAAUAAUAAAACAGCUGCUGAAAAGGUGGAGAAUUUGGGGUUGUAUGGAUUAGAAGAAAAAACACUUUUCCAGAGGGUUCAGGUGUUGGAGGUGAGCCAGAAGGAAGACACCUGGGGUUUGGGGAGUGUCCUGGUGAAAUUCAUAGAUGAAGGCAGGACCAAGCUCAUCACAAGAGACCAGCUGCUGCUGCUCCCAGAGAAGUUCCACACUCUGCCCCCUCAGGCUGUGGAGUUCAUUGUUUGUAGGGUUAAACCAGCUGACAGCGAAAUUGAAUGGAACCCAAAGGUUACUAGAUACAUUCAUCAUAAAAUUGUUGGGAAAAUGCAUGAUGCCAAAGUGGUCCUGGCUUUGGGAAAUACCCUUUGGAUUGAUCCAAUGGUGCAUGUUACAAAACUUUCAAAUCUAAAAACUUCUAUCAUUGAUUAUAAUGUUCGAGCUGAAAUUUUGUCCAUGGGAAUGGGUAUUGAUAAUUCAGAACACCUAGAACAACUGAAAAAACUAUACAAAGAAGCUAAACUGCCAGCCUUUGAGGACCUUCCGGGCCAGACCUCGAUACCUACAACAGUAGAAGACACUGUGUGUUUGCAGGGCACUCAGCAAGGAGACGGAGGUACAGAAAGAGGAGCUGGUUCCCAGGUAGACUCAGACAACCAAAAGCCUCGAGUUUUAUCUGAAGACAUUGGCAGUGAGACCAUUAGCAAAGCUAGGCAGCCACAUGUAAGAAGCUUUCACCCACAAAUAAAGUGGUUCCAAAAAGAUGAUGUGGUCAUCUUAAAGAUAAAAAUAAGGAAUGUCAAGGAUUAUAAGUGUAAAUUCUUUACAGAUAGAGUCAUUUUCAGUGCCUGGGUAGGAGACAAGUUUUACUUGGCUGAUAUGGAACUGCAAGGUGACAUAAGGAAAGAUGACUGCAAAUGCAUAAUUAAAGAUGAUGAACCUCUAAUCACACUUGCAAAAGAGAAACAGGAAUGCUGGUGUGGCCUUCUCAAGCAAAGGAAUCCUAAUGUGGCUUUUGACUUUGACCAUUGGGAGGAGCGUGAGGAGGACAGCCCUUUCUCCAAGGUUGUAAAUUCUAAAAACCUGUCCUGCAAAGUGGCAGCGUUGGCUGAGAGCAGCGGUUCCUCUUCAGACACUACUGAUGGGAGUGAGAGCGAAUGAGACCGUGAGUGAACCAGCGCCAGGGUGAGAAGACAAAACAGAACUGGACACAAGUCACUGCUAACUCUUUUCCCCUGGAGAGUGACUUGUCACCUUCAUUGUGUGGCACUGCCAUAGAUGACAAUGACUUAAUUGACUUAAAGUGGGUAGACAUGCCAGGUGAUAAGUUAUGAUGGGAUUGUCAAAGGAAAGUUCAGGAAGGUCUGCAAUCAGGGACACAGAAAGUUAGAGAUAUUUUUAAUUCCAACAUUCAGGAGAUUGAUUGAGGCAGGAGGAUUGCAAGUUUGAGAGCAGCCUGGCCUAUACAGGGAGGUUCUGUUUUCAAAAAUGUCUUUUCAAGCAAAGGUCCAGUGUAACCCAAACUUAUGCAGUGUGUACUCUCAUUGACUCUCUUAGCUCAUCCCGACUCCUCCCUGUAGAGAUGGAGAGUAGCCCUGACAUUAGGUAGUAGAUUGUUCGUAGAAGGAGUUGGUCUACUCAUUUGCCAUGUAGACCUGUUUGUGACACUGCUCAAAACUUGUCUCAUACACAGAAACUGAAGUUUCUGUCUUACACUUAACACCCAGCCCUGCUUACCAGCCCCUUUCACCAAUGGGACCUAAAUGCAUCUACUGCUGCCAUACAAAUACCCCCUAAAUUUUCCUGGCUUUGAUAGCUUCUAAGAGAUGCAAAUCGACUUCUUUUCCCAAAGGCAAGAUGGACUAGCCUCAGCUCAGUGGGACCAAAUGACUUACAGGACUCUGGGCAGAACUUUCUUUCAGAAAUGCUAACAUAAGUACAACUUAGAAUGUGGCUAUAACACCCCGGUUUGGGGGAAGGGGUGUGUGUAGUUAUCAUUUAAAUGUCACUAAAAUAACUGGGAGGAUAAGCUGCUGGUAACUUUACAAUCCUGUGUCUUAGCAUUUCUGAAUCAGUUUUCCUAGAAGUGAAAAGGGGCCUGGAUGAGACAGCACUGCUGAGUGACUACCCCCGGCACUUAUUCUUCUUUAUAUCAGAAAGUUUAUGGAUAUCCCAAGAUGUCCCCAUGCCUAUAAUUCCAGCAUUUGAGAGGUGGAGACAGGAGGAUCAUGAAGUGUCAGGACAGCCUGGGCUACAUUAAGAACCAGUGUCAAAAAAACUGAAAAAAAAAUAAAAUAAAAUAAACAAAGAUGUCAAGACUUCUAUAACCCCAGGAAUGAGCUGCUGCACAGUGGAGGCAAACUCUCUUGGCUCUCUGUGCCAGGAGCAGGGCUGGGCCCACACUGGUUCUUGGUUUUCUUUUUGUUUUGGGGAGGGGGUUGGUUUUUUUGUUUUUUGUUUUUUCCAAGACAGGGUUUCUCUGUAUAACCCUGACUGUCCUGGAACUCACUCUGUAG